ACGAAAACAGAAAAAGCAGCAGCCUGCCCGGCUCCUUCCCCCGAGCGGGCACAGCGGAAGGAAGCGAGGGCGCCAAGCGCGAUGCCCAUCGAGGUCAGCUGGAGCACCGAGGCCGCCCCCCCGGGGCUCCCCCCCCCCCAAAAAAAAAAAAAAAAAAAACCCUCUCUCCUGCAACUUCUCCCCCCGUGGCCGCCGGGGAGGGGGCGGCGGCGGGGGCCGGUCCCGCAGGGAUGCCGAGGAGACCCGCGGGCCUCUCCCGCGGCGACGGGGCGGGCGGAGCCCUGCCCGCGGCCCCCCUCCCAGCUCCGCCGGCAGCCGCUCUGCUCGCUGCCACACACCGCUGCAACCUCCCAUCCCGAGCCAAGCUUAGAGGGUGCCGCCGCACGGAGCAAAGCGAGGCAUCAACUCUUCGCUUUCCCGUCCGUUUGCUAUGGAAAAUGCCCCACCGGCGGUGCGCCCGCGUACGACUGCGGAUCCGCUUGUGCGAGGAGGGCACCUUCGCAGCCAACGUCCGCGCUGCUAACCCAUGAUCAAGUUAGCAAGUGUUCUGGUGAUUAACACCAAAUGCCUGGUUUCUGAGAUCACGCCGUCUGCAUGUAACUGUAUUCCGAUCUCAGCGUUUCUGACUAGUUUUAGCAGAGGAUUAGCAGUUUCGAAGAUUACCAAGUUCCAGAGAGUUUGGUGAAAAGACAAGAUUUCCCCGAGAAAUCUUCCGAGCACCACCUAAGGGUGCCACGGCCCAGGGGAAGGCUGCAGCCCGCGGACCGGCACUAGUGGAGGCCAGAACACGCACAGCAGAUACUUCCAUAAAUGCUCCCAAAAUAAACGCUGGUCAGAGUUUACUAUGGAACAUAAAUCUACAGAAAACCAGGCAUCAUUAGCUUUGAUGCCCAUGAAAACACUGUGAUUUAACCUCUGUACUUGUCUGGAAGACUGAGCGCCGUUAAAACGGAGCCGGCUCUGGAAUCACGGAGAUCAGCGGAUGACGACGAGAUUUUACAAAGGAAAAAGCUCCAAUAGGACGUGUGUAUCUUACGUGCCCGUGUUCUUUGCUGGGUAACUCUUCCUUCCAGUUGCACGUGGCUCACAGACUCUGGCAGCGUCGGCGAAAGCCUCAGCUCCGCUGGCGUGGGCGGACCUGAAGCGCCCGCGCGCCGGCAGUGCAGGUCGGAAGAGCAGCUCUCCAGCGAAGGCACUGAACUCCAGCGAGCAGCGGCUGCGUAAGCAGUAAAUCCCGUCGUUUCAGACGUGCGGCUCGUGGUGUCCAGCCCCGGGCCUCGCGGGCUGGCGUCAAGGCGGCGUGCGCCGCGGCGGCUCCGGGUAGGGACGCCCUCCCGGCCGCGGAAGCUGGCAUUUCGUCCCGACUCCGGAGCAGGAUGCAGGGUUCCUAGGAGAAGGGACCAAACAAGGGCGUGUUUUAGAGAAAUCUUUUCAGGUUUCUCCUCAAAGCUCCUUCCUCCGCCCCUGCCAGUCUUCCCAGCCAGCUGCGGAGCUGCUAAAUGCCCAGCAGUUUGCUGAAGAGAGAAAAAUCUACUGUUCUCUGCUACAUCCCCAUCACACAAGCAGAUUAUUGUUUUUUUCCCAGUGAAAUAGUAACAGAAUACUAAUGAUUGAUCCAAGUUACCCCUCUAAUUUAAGACAGACAACUUCCCCAGCUUUAUACCGAUAACUUACGCUGUUGGGAUUAAAAUUUUAGGAUCAAUUUUUAUCGUUACGCAAUUCCCGUUUUCCGCAGGACUGUGCCCGUGUUGCUGAGACGACAACCUGAAAUGCUGUAUUAGGUUGCUGGUUUUUCUUUUUUAAAUCCACCUUGCAGGCAUGCCCUCUUCACGGGAUUUUAAAGCUGGUCCUCUGAGCAGAGCUCCAGGGCUCGUGUGCCAUGUGCUGAGCAGACAACCUCACGGCACUGCGCUCGAGAACUCGUUUAUCUUGCUUUGGAUAUGGCACAGGAACUAAAUCUGCCCUCACCGCACACCGCUGGCUCUUACGGGACUGCUCUAAUAUAACACAAGGGCAGAUGCAACUUAAACAGAUUAAGGUAUUUCAAAUCAGAAUUUCCAAAAGAAUACACUUUAAUGCUACUGAAAUGCAAGGAUCUGGAGAAAGUUGUGGUCCAAACUGGACUUUCUGAAGCUUGGUACUCACUAAGGCUUACGUUUCCAAAGGGAUGGAAAACAAGAGGAAAUAAAAACACUGAGAUAGAGAAAAAGAAUUCUACUGAUAAAAAACUGCUAGGAAACAGGACAGCAACACCCAAAUACAGAGUUUUAAAUUGUUCAAAAAACAAAGUUAAGCCAUACGACUUAAGAAAUAGAAAAAAUUAUCUUCUCUGCAUAGAUACCAGAGCCAACGCGUUGAACUGAGCAGUGCUGCACCCACCCCACCGCAAGGCAAAGCUGCCAGCACUGGGACAAGCGAUCAGUUCGGCAGCAAAACAAGCCAUCGACCCCCAGACGGACACGCAGGCGCACGCCCCGGCCCCCGGCGAGGGCACCCGCAGCCCCGAAGGAUACCGGGGCCACGCAUUCCCACCGGGGGCAGGCAGCACACCGAAACUACAUCCUUCAAGGACGCUCCCGGGCCCCAAGGGCGCUAUUACAGCCCGUAUAAGACAUCUUGGAGCACGUUGCUUAAAGAAAUAAGUAGGUCAACGCUCACAUGUUGGGCAGUCAUAGCAAAAAAAAAAAGGGGGGGGGGAAGGGAUCAUAAUUGAGCUAAAUGAUCCCAGCGCAGCCUGCUAGCAAGCAGGAGGGUAAAGCAUUCCCGCCGGGUCCCCCGGGGCAGCAUCACCCCUGCGCUGAACGUGUGCGGCAGCAAAAAUCCCACCUUUCCUCUGCUGGUUCUCCCUGCUUCUCUGACAGCAAAGCUGCCAGCCACUCGCGCCAUGCAGCACCCGAGGUGGAGGCGCUUUCAGAGCAGUUUGACGCAGAGAGCGCAGCGCUGGGGCAUGCCCUGUUUUCAGCGGGUGCUGCUAACCACCUAAUUCACUGCCCCAGACCGUGCUGAAAGGGGGUCCCCAGGAAAUGAGUGCGCUCGGAGUUUUACAAGUAUUUCGAAGAUAACGUGGCCUUGGAAAGCAGAUAAAUAUCACAGCAGCUAUAAUAUAAUAAAUAUAUAAGCAGAUAAUAAAGUAACUCUGGUUAAUGAUCUUAAGUCCCCUCCCCGAGGACUUGGGGAACGGAGCAGAGCGAGUUCUGCCGUUCCCGCGCCGGCGCGCAGCUAGCCGAGGCCGAGCCGCCUCCUGAAGCAGCGCAGAGCUGCCCAGAACCGCGAACCAAAGGCGCUGCCUUUCCCUUCUUCGAGCAUCACAGCCCUCGCUGCCUUUCCCUUCCCGCUUUGUGCCCGGUCGGUUCACAAGCUCUGCGGGCAGGGACGUGUCACACACUCGCUCACGCGCCUGCCACGCAGCCAGGGUACCCAUUCGGGGUGCAGUAACCCCCGCGAGGUGCAGAGCCCUGCGUUUCACAAGCACCGUGCAAGCAAGCCAAAGCUGAACCAGGCUCAGCAGCUGGAAUGACGAUGUCAUUACACAGGUAGUCGCACGGGGACAGCUAAAGAGAUCGCUAUAGUCUGAAACACUUCUGCUGUCUCAUGAGUGCAGUUCUUCCAUGACCCAAACGUACUGCGUUCUUAACCAAACUCUGUAUCAACUACGAGGUGCGGUAACAUUCCCAGGUUCCUGGGAGAGGCGAUUAAAGUGCACUGCAAACCCCGCCACAGUUGCUCAGGAGAGCGUGAGAGCUAUGACGAUGCAGCAGUCACCAAAACGGACAGGCAAACCGCCUGCGAGGGGUCACGAAGCGCGAAGGCCCCGCGCGCCGCGCUGUCCCCUCCCUCCUCCGAGGCUUGCAGCGGUUCUGCGCGGCCGAAGCGGUGCCUGCCGCACUGUCGCUUUAAGCCGGCGUUUGGAGAGCGGCCAGCGAGGAAGAGGGACGCAUCCGGUGCAGAGCCGGCACCGGGAGACCUGCGGCCCGCGGCGCACGGCCCGGGCGCUGCGCGGUGCUCGGGGUCCCCGCGACGAUGGUUCUCCUCUCCUGUCUCCAGAGAUGCAUUCAGCUCCUCAUCUGGCCUGUAUAUAUACUUGCCUACAUGGGCUUAUGGGACUCCUUCUAUAAGAGAGUUUUUCCGUACAUCAUGGCCAGGUUUGCACCGAUCUACAACCAGAAGGUCUGCAAGCAGAAGCAAGAGCUGUUCAGCAACUUGAGGAAAUUUGCCGGCCCUUCAGGCCAGCUCAGGUUGUUGGAAAUAGGCACAGGCACCGGCACCAAUUUCCAGUUCUACCCACCAGGCUGCCAGCUUACAUGCACCGAUCCUAAUCCCAAUUUCAGGCAGUUCCUCCUCAAGAGCCUCUCGGAGAACCCGCAUGUCCAGCUUGAACGCUCGGUGGUUGCUUCUGGGGAGAAUCUGCACGAAGUACCGGAUGGCGCCGUGGACGUAGUGGUGUGCACCUUAGUGUUAUGCUCUGUAACCAACGUCAGCAAAGUCCUGAAGGAAGUUCUGCGAGUGCUCAGGCUGGGUGGAGCGUUUUACUUUUUGGAGCAUGUGGCUGCAGAUCAAUCCAGUUGGACCUACUUCUGGCAAAAGGUGUGUGACCCAGCCUGGAAGUGUUUCGGAGAUGGGUGUUCCUUGAGCAGAGAGACACAGAAGGAGCUGGAGAAAACUAACUUCUCGGAACUGAACUUGAGGCGCAUACAUGUCGCACCACGCUGGAGUCCCACCAGUCCUCAUAUCAUUGGAUAUGCAGUAAAAUAAAUGAGUAUUUUUCACUGGAUACUAGCCUUACAGUAAACCUAUAUACAACAGCGAAAUAUCCAGAAUAAAAAAUGUGAAAAACUUC